UUUCAUCUUUCGAUGUCAGCUUGCCAACGCUGGAUGAUGGCGGUGAAUCCAUCUAGAUAUCUUCGGUGGAACUCACCACGCUAUAUACGACCAUUGCAAUUGCUGCGCCGUGCUUCUUCAAGCAGUCUGGCGAGCUCAGCAUCUCUCAGGGUCACCCAGUCCCAACUACUACAAUUCGCUCUAACUGGGAGUAAGCCACCUGUUAAGGAUGGUAGACCGGGACUGAACCGAGAUCAGUGGUUUAAUGAGUUAUUUUUGGAGGAGUGGCCCUUCCCUGCCAAUUCACGAGCGUCUUUGGGAUCUGUGAUUCAAGGGAAGACCGAAGCUGCUGAAAACGAUGGCAUGCCUGGAGAUCCAAAAGGCGACGCAGAGCUUCUUCGACAUCUCCAGAGUUACAUCGAAAAAAACGUCAAUGAUCGAAGACAGUGUGCUCUACUGCAAAAUGAUCAGUGUAAACCCUUGAUGCGGGCAUUAUCGCUAUGUCAGGAACACAAUUCUUAUGGAGAGAUUUUGAUGUUCAUGAAUGCAGCGAUCGAUCGGAUUGAAAGGCUGCGGGCGCCAGUUUCAGAGGAUCUACGCUUCUUGGGAAUGUACUAUGCUUGUCUGGCCUUCUCAGCACCGGCUCUCAAGCAUCACCUGGAUAACUUUGGUCGCGGUUGUUCUCGGCGCUUGGCUCCUAAGAAGAGCGUCCUUCUAGUAAGGGCUUUGGAUGCCACCCUUCAGGGUUUGGGUUUUCAGCGUCCAAAUUUCGACGCCGGUGCCAUGCUCAGUGUGGUGACUGGGGAGAGUGGCUCCGCGCCGUUACCACGGCAAACAUUGCAUGGUAUCUUGUGCUGGGACGGUCUAGAAAACGGUUCUGAAGACAUUGGCCUCUAUCUUACCUUACUCGCGAGGCUCCGGAGUGACUCACUGCUACGCCUAAUAUGGAAACAAACCCUAGAGAAAAUGACCGCUUCUUCCUUCCCCGGUUUUGAAUCUACUUAUGGUUUUGUUAAGACCUUUGUUGACACGGGAAAGCCACAGGACGCGAUCACAUACUUGCGCCAAAUAUCAGAAAGCUCCAAUGGUGCAUUGCCAGAUAUUUCGAAGUUCCAUGGGCUCAGUGGUCUCCUAGCGGAUAGGGACGUUCUUCAAGACUUGCCUGAGCUUGCAGGCCCCGAUGAAUAUAUACGGAUGCUAGAAACUCAAAUUGGAGAUAUGGAAAGCCGACUAGGCAUCCGCUGGCGGCCUGAAAAGUCGCAUCACACUGAUAUUUCCGACCCGUCUACCAUCUUCACCAAUCAACCCCUCCUAACCAUAGACGGCGAGAGCUCUGGCUAUGAGAGCACCCAGCGUUUGAUCGCGGAAAUCUAUGCCUUCGGAUGCUCCAAAUCAACGGCAGAUCUGGGUACAAUUGCCACUUUGCUGGAUGAGCACGACGGGGAUCCCAUUCCUGUUUGCUUGCCAUGCGAGGAUGGUCACCCUCUAGAGUUUUGCUGGUUCCCGCAACGGUCUCCGGUCGAAUGGUCCUCGCAGUCGCUCCCUCACAGUAUGGACAUCUCUCGGCCUUGGUCACCAUUGACUCUAGGGCUUGUGCGAGCUCGAUUAAGCAGCAGCGGCCCCCCUCUAGCCAAGGAGCGCUUUCUUUAUCUGAUGCAGCUGGGCUACUUGGCCGCGCGACCCAAGAGAGCACCGCCUGGAGACAGUCCUCCGUGGAAGGAAACCGGUCAUAUCAUUGCCUGGGACCGUGUUUCCGGUCAAUUCCUCAUGGUCCAUCCUGACGAGGGUCGUAGAAUUGCUGGAGCUAGCCAGUUGCUCAAGGCUUCACCCCCGCAGUCCAGUCUCGCCACUAUCCGCGCUAUCUAUCCCAUGGACAACGGACUGCGAGAACACAAAUGCAUGUUGAAGUCCCUUGGGCAGGUCGACAAUAGCAGGAUCAAAUGCCAAUUUGAAGCGGACCCUGGGCUCGAUCUAAUGGCUUAAGUGGGACCUUCCCCUCGU